UUGAAGUCCUCAGAGACCACCAGUUACACAGAGACACACAGAGAGACCGACCACCAGAAAACUGCCUGAAUAAACCUACUUGUUGGGUUUGAAAUGACGUGGCGUGAGGAGCUACGUAGUCGGCAAUUCUGGCACGCCAUGCUGGCAGAGCUCCUCGGCACCCUGGUGUUGGUGAGCGCUGUGCUGGGUGCCUCUGUGCCAGGCCCUGGAGAUGCCCCUGGAGGACCCCUGUAUCCAGCGGUGGCAGUGGGUGUGGUGAUUGUAGCACUGGGACACUGUUUUGGAGAAAUAAGUGGGGCACAGGUGAACCCUGCUGUGACUCUGGCUCUGUUGGCCACACGGCGGCUUGAUGUUCUCCGGGCCCUCGUUUAUAUCAUCGCUCAGUGUUUGGGGGCCUCCUUAGGAGCUGGGGCCCUGUACCUGGCCCUGCCGUUUAAAACCACAGCAGAGCACUUUGUCAACAGGGUACCUUUAGAGCUGAAUGCAGCCAAGGCUCUGGGCAUUGAGGUCUUGUGCACCUUCCAGAUGGUCUUCACCGUCUUCUCGGUGGAGGACCAGCGAAGGAGGGAGAGCCCAGAACCAGGAAACCUGGCCAUUGGACUAGCACACACUGCUGGUGUGCUGAUAGGGGCUCGGUUCUCUGGCGCGAGUAUGAAUCCCGCCCGCUCGCUGGGUCCGGCCAUCAUCACAGGCUUCUGGGAAGACCACUGGGUUUACUGGAUCGGGCCGGUGCUCGGCGCCAUACUGGCAGGGAUGUCCCAUGACUUCUUCUUUGCACGCAGCGCCUCUCGUCAGAAGCUGGUGGCCUGUUUGACCUGUAAGGACAUCGAGAUCGUGGAGACGGCAAGCAUGACCGGAUCGUCGCUGUCUACAGUCACGCAGAAUGCCAUGAGAGCCAAGCAGGCCAGCAAGCAGGAAAACAACUGAAGAGACAUGUACCAAAAAAGCGCACUCUGUGCAACAGCGAUUUUUUAAAAGAUGCACUGGUGUACACACCAUCAAAGUAAAUGGUGAUGGGGACAAAAGAAAAGAAAGAAGGUGUGUGAAAGGAUGUAAUUUAUCUCACAUGACAUGCUGUAAUAUACAAAAGCAGACAGGAGUGCUCGACCAUUUAGAGUUUAAUGUCAUCUAAUAGCAAUCGUAACAUCCUGAUAAAGAAGCAGUUUAACUCACGAAUUGCAGUUUGACUGUGGCCAUACAGAGACCCGUCUACUAACUGCAAGACUGAUGGCUUAAUACCCAGGUUUUGAGUGUUGGCGCACCAAAAUGCACCACAAUGGGAUAUAAUUACUAUUUACUUUCACAAAUAGUCACUUUUAUUUAUUUAUUUUUAAUAUUUAUAUGUCUGAUAUUGUUUGACCAUCUGUCUAAACAAUUUUUAAAACUAGCAGGUCUACAUGUACAACCUAACAAAAAUAAAAAGCAAAAACAAGCAGUGAUUACUCGCAAGUUUCAACACAAUAAAAGAAAAAUGAGGCCCUAUCUCUAUCACUAUACGGUAAAAUGUGUAUCAUUACAAUUAAAAGUACUUUAAAAAAUUCAGUUGUAUCAGCUAAAACAUACUCAACAAGUAUCGAAAAUAAAAACACUAAUAUUUGAGAAACUCUCCCAUAAAUAACAAAAAAAUCAUGGAAUAUAAUACGAUAUAGUAUUAGUAUAAUCGUUCUGCUUUUAGUAAAUAUUUUGGAAGAUUUCUGCACAAAAACACAUCAUUUUUUGGAAUCAGGUUAGCAAACAGUUCAACAACAACUGUCAUAAAACGGUACGAAGCACAAAGCACAGUAUUUCUCUCUUAGUGUAGGAUAAUAAAACAUCCUCAACCAAAAAUGCCCAGAAAAUGAAUUUCAAUGAGAUACUUCACUGUUCGGAUUUCUGGGAAAACUGAAUUUUCAGCUGAAAGAUCUCAUCCUAAGUACGCUUGUUUUUUGGAGGUUCGUGUUAUAUUUGGUCAAUUCUUGUUUUACGAGCUGGCCAAAGACUAAGUUAGCUACAGUUACAAGAUUAAUUUGAUUUUGAACGAAGACCUAGCACAAGAUGGAAAUUAACUGCAGCUUAAAACAUGUACUUGGACUUUUUACUGAAUAGCAGUCGCUAAAUUUGAUUCACAGAGAAUUAUCACAUAAAUGUGCAGCUCUCCUUACAUUUGAAGAGCUUCAGUUUCCAGUCAUUCUGGGGCUAAUUUCAUGAAGGUGAUUCAAAAAUAUAAAUAUUGGAAAUAUUCCAAUCUUUCCAUGUUACAAAUGAGUGUACAAAUGUACGAUUUAUACAUUCAAAUGCCAAAUUUUAUUCUAAAGAAGAUCAUCUUAAUGUACAAGUCACAGUUUGAAGUUUAUGGAAGCUUGUUUACGCCACACUUUGGGGUAUUAUCUCAAAGUGUUUAGUUGGGUAUGUAAAACUUUUGACUUACUCAGAAGUAAGUUUUUCAUAUUUAUUUUGUCUAAUUUCACAAAAUAGGACUCUGAUUUCUCCCUUUUGUCACAGGAGAGAGUUGUUUGCAGAUUUAAAAAGCAAAAUGCUCUAGAAACCUUACAAACUAUCUUAAAAACAGCAAUCAGGCACAGAUAGCGACUCACUAAUUCACACAAUGGAGUGCUUAGUUAGCAGAUAUAUCCCCUCAUAAGUUAAUGGAGACCAAAAACAGAGACAAAAGAGAAUGAUUGUUAGACUUAGACUUACCAGAAAGACAGAAAUAUGACCCCCAGAUGUGUACAUGUUAAAGUUAUGCAUUUACUGUAUAAAAGAUGAUGAAAUCUCAGUGUUCACAACUUGUUUCCAAUGCUCAGAGUACGUGAAAAAAACUUUAUUGCAGGCCUCAUGGCACAAAACAGAAAUGUCUUAAAGUUGCAGUGACGCAGUAAAAUUAGGUAAAAAUACAAUCUUAUUCCUAAAUUUGAGAACACUAGCAGUAGUAAUACUAACAAAAAGCUAUAAGACAUGAGUGGGAUGGAGAAAAAAAGCCCAGACUGUGUGAUAUGGAGAUAAAACCCAGCUUUUCUUUUGUAAAUGGCAAAACUUCCCAUUUCCUCUUCAGAGUAACACAGUUUUUGGGACGUAUGCAGCUAAUGUUUUAUGUUUUCAAAGAACCAAAGCUAAUAAAAAACCCACAUGUGAUAAUGAGGCAACAAAGGGAGGGUUGCAAUUCUCACCUUCUGCUGGUGCAUUACAAGCACACGAUAAUUUUUAUUUUUCCCCCUUUUUUCAAUGCGCGUGGGGGAGAAUUUCAUGUAGAAGCUGAAUUUUAAAAGGAGUGGAUGUGACCUUUGAGGUCCUUGUUGUCUGUCAUUAGUGUAUGCAAAAGUGUAGCCAAUACUGUGAGAUUCAGUAUUCACUUUCACAUUUGCAUGUCAUUAUAAUUCUAACAGAGACUCAUUGAAAUCCUGCUGAAAACACCCUUAUGUUUCAGUUGCAUCUUGUGUUUGCGAAUGCUUUGAAAUGCUAAAGAGGUCCUUAGCCUGCACCGUGGGUUCAAUGACGCUCUCAUCCAGCAUCUCUCUCAUGUCUGUGCCUGUUAGCGUCUAUCUCUUCUCUGAGGUCUCCUAUUCACAAUCAAAUGGACCUUCAUUCCUCUGUAAUGGCUCUACAGAAAGAACACCUUCAGUCACAACACGCUUUGUAAUUUGAAAUGGAAACGCUGAGCAUACGCGUGUAUGUGGGUGAGAGACAAUACUUUGAUGAAACCUUUAAACAUAUUUGUGCGUGGGUGUACGCGCCUUUAUCUUUUGCCUCGCAUUAAAAUGUGUUUUACGUGUUUGCAGUUUAAAUGUUCAGUUGAAAUAGAAAAAAGUUGCUCUUUACUGAUAAUUUGCUUUAGUUUGUCUUAAGUCACAGGCAUUGUACAAUCAACAACAAAUUAUAUGUAAAGAAUUUGGACGAACUAACCCUUUAAAAUUGAUAUUAAAUAAA